UCACCAUUUGUGUUUACGUUUUGAUACUAGCAGUUUUUUCAUCGCUGCUCGGUGUAAGUUAUCUGUUUAAAUCGUUUCAGCCAGUGAAUCUUUCGUUAAUAAUGCCGAAGUGUGCAGUGAAUGUGUGCUUGUUUUCUUCUGCGGAAGCUGAAAUAAGUGAAAGAACCGUGAGCUUCCAUGUGUUUCCGAAGGACGGUAAAGCGCGGUCCCACUGGGUCAAAUUUUGUGGACUCAACAGUGACCCGGGAAAAACCCUGUAUAUUUGCUCGCAGCAUUUUUCCAAUGAAUGCUUUAAAAAUAAUGCCACCAUCCAAAAUAUGGUGAUGCCAGCAAGCAAGGCACGAAACAUACUAGUAAAGAAUGCGUGUCCCACCAUACGGAAACCAUGUGUACCGGUAUCCCAUGUAUCCGGUCGUGAAAAACGACGUGCAUUGAAAGAAAGGAAAAAGAUGGUAGAAGCGCUUCUCGAGGUACACGAAAAACAGCAUCCGGUUGACCAGCAGUUCGAGGAUUCAUGUUCACAGGAGCCAUCUGAAUGUUUUGUUCCAAUGUCGGAUGCAACUGAACAGACUGAAACUGUCGCUGUCAGCUCCGGAUCAAACCUUGAUGUCCUUCUGGAAGCAAUCGAAUUAUCGGGAGGAGUACAUGAUUCUGGAUUUUUCGACGUCGAUGCAAGUCCGGUUGAUUCGAUUCACGUUCGUGCCGAUUUAGAAUCCACCCGCAUUGAGCAUUCCUCUAGCACCACCGCUGCAACCAGUGCUACAAAAGUAGGAAAUCAUGUUGCAAGAUUAAACAGCCAAGUACGGCGCUUGAAAAGUACGGUCCAAGCACGAAACGAUAAGAUCAAGAGCUUGCGCUUGCGGGUGAUGCAGAACAACCAAAAAUUCAUCGCGCUGAUGAACGUGAUUAAAACAAAAGACAAGGAGUUGAAAGAGAAAGAACGACAACUUUGCGAAAAAGACUGUGCUGUGGAACAUCUUCGAAAGGCCUGUGGUGAGCUAAACGAUGUGAGAGAAGCCCACAUAACCCAGCGUGUGAGAAAAGAGUUUGCCAAAGUUUUCACAGAGAACCAAAUUGAUUUGAUACUUGGCAAUAAGAAAAAAGUGGUUUGGACAGCGGAAGAAAUUGCAAAGUCGUUCUCGUUGAGGUAUGAUUAA